AUGUCCGGGGCUGGGAUUCAAUCAGGGGAGUGGAAGGUGGUGGGGGUGCGGUAUAAGCACUACGAGGAUUUAAUUUGUUUUUCUCAUUUUGGGGAUGUAGCUCCACGGUGCCACCGCUACUCCCAGCCUCCCGCCUCUGUGGACCUUUCAAUUUGCCAGAUUAGUUUCGCUAUUGUUCCCCGGCCGUGUCCCGGAGUCAAGCAGCAACCUCCCAUCGCCAUGGUCCCUGUGUGUUCGCCACCGUCCCUGUGUGUUCGCCACCGUCCCUGUGUGCUCGCCACAGUCCCUGUGUGUUCGCCACCGUCCCUGUGCUCUCCUGUACCAUCACCGGCUUUUUAA